CAGCAGCCGCAGCCGCAGGCGCAAGCAAAAUGUCGCGUGGCCAAAGCCUUUGCCCAAAACACAUUUAACAACAACAGGAACCACAGCAACAACAACAACAAGAACAAGAAGAAGAAGAAGAAGAAGAAGAAGAGGCACCAUUUGGGCGCUGACAUGUCCCAUUUGCUGCGGCGCACCAAGAAGUCCUGUCUCAAGCUGCUGCGCAAAAUAUCCACAUCAAAGCAAUUAUUUGUGCAGCGCCUGGACGAGGAUGAGGAGUAUGAGGAACACGAGGAGCAGCAGGAGCAGCAGGUGGAGCAGGAGCACAUUAGCUACAACUGCAGCACAAACGAUAAGCAAUAUGUGUGCCACAUCAACAACACCAACAACAGCCCAAUACAAUCCGUCCAGGACGCCGCCGAGGCGUUGGAUGUGCCGCUCGAGCGGCAGCAGCUGCCGUCCGAGCGCACAGCCCUAGACAUACAAUUCGAUCGUGUGCCCUACAAGGAGAAUGUGCGCUAUCUCAGGCACACGCCGUCCAACUCCAGCCUCGACCUGCAGCUGGAGCAGCAGCGAGAGUGGGAGCGAGAGCGGGAGCAAGUGCAGCGGGAGCGCGAGCUGGUGGCCAGCCAGCGCGGCUAUAGCGUCAGCGUGGGCUCCCAGUUCGAUGGACACUAUCACAACGUGAUCAUUAUGGAGCACCAGCCCCCGAAUGAUGAUUAUCCGAUUGUCAAAUGGGAUAUCAAUGGCAAUUCGCUGGACGAGGAGCACUUCGAUCUGCGCCAGCAUUGGGAUGCCUUCGACAGUCGCUGGCGGCAGCUGCAAUCGGCGCCAAGUGGCAAGCGUCUGGGCAGCGGCCAUUCCCAGAGAUCCAGUCAUCAUUCCAGCGCCUGCACCCUGGAGACCUGGAUAGACGAUGCCGAGCUGGGCAACUGCGAUGACGCCCAGAAUUUGCUGCAAACCAACAAGAAGAAGAACACGAACAACAACAACUUGAACCAAUGCCUUAAGAGUUUCUGAUGAAGAUGCCCAAUGCCUGAUGCCUGAUGCCCGUUGGAUGUGAGGGUGCAGCUAAAUAAUCCAACUGGAUUUUUCCUAACGGAUUUACCCUGCACUUGUGCUCUAGAGUUCUAAGAGAGUUUCCAUUUUU